AUGAGCCACAAGAGGAAUAUCUCGUUGAAACCACACGAUCUCUGGGGCACGUUGAAGGGAGACGAGGCGGGUGGAAAUCACGCCGGCACUUCUGAGUCAUCUAGCACCCCUUCCACCAACAACACAAAAAGACCUGUCAGUCCGAACCAGAGUAAGAAACUCCCGGACCGGCCUAAGCAAAUGUCUACUCAACCAGCCGCUAAGGGCGGCCCGCCCGAAGGUCUGCCGGUUUUCAUCACAGAGAGAAAUCAAUUCUUCGAACAGCUUUGGAAGGACAACGAAGAGCAACUCAAGUCACGGGACAAGCCUGACAUCAAGAUCGAAGUCACUGUUGAGGGUCAGUCCAAGGCCGAGUUCGACGGCAAAGCUUGGGAGACCACACCUGGCCAUCUAUUGAAGCACGUACCGAAGGACCGUGCUGGACAAGUCGUGGUAGCAAAAGUCGAUGGCGAGCUCUGGGAUCUCGAUCGACCACUCACCAAAGACAGCAAAGUCUCGUACCUUCUCUUCUCGGAUCCAGAAGGCCGCGAUGUCUUCUGGCACUCGUCAGCUCACGUCCUUGGAGAAUGUGCAGAGCACGAGUAUGGCUGUCGACUGUCUCACGGUCCUCCCACCGCCAUGGGUUUCUUCUACGACAUGGCUCUGGAGCCUGGCGUCGCGGUGAAGGAGUCAGAAUGGUCGUCGCUGGAGUCAAGAGCAAAGAAGUUUGUUAAGGACAAGCAACCUUUCCAGCGUCUCGAAGUCUCGAAAGAAAACCUGAAGAAGAUGUUCGGCUAUUCGAAAUACAAGAUGCAUUACAUCGAGAAGUUCAUCGAAGACGGUGAGUCGUCCACUGUGUAUCGGAACGGCGACCUUGUCGACCUGUGUCAAGGACCUCACAUUCAGAACACUCGGAAGAUCGAAGCAUUCAAAAUCAUGAAGAAUUCAUCGGCGUACUUCCUCGGAGACCAGAAUAACGACUCCCUACAACGUAUUCACGGUGUGGCAUUUCCCAACAAGAACCAGCUUAAGGACUGGGAAAACUUCCUCGAAGAAGCGAAGAAGCGGGAUCAUCAGCUCAUCGGCAAACAACAGAAGCUCUUCAUGUUCAGUCAGAUGUCGCCAGGCUCACCGUUCCUCCUCCCUCACGGCACUCGUAUCUUCAAUGCCCUUCAACAGAUGUUGCGCGAUCAGUACUGGGAACGCAACUAUACCGAAGUACAGUCUCCUAACAUGUACGAUGUCGAACUGUGGAAGAUCUCCGGCCAUUGGCAGCACUACCAAGAUGACAUGUUUCGUGUCAUUGUCAAAGACGAUACUGCCGAGCCUAUGCCUCUCUCCGACCAGAAGCCUUCCGGUGCCCCGAUCGCCAAUCCCAAGAAUGAGGACAAGGAUAAGGGUGUCUUCGCUCUCAAACCCAUGAACUGCCCAGGCCACUGCGUCAUGUUCAAGAACGAAGAGCACUCAUACCGAGACUUGCCGUGGCGUGUUGCUGACUUUGGUGUGCUUCAUCGCAACGAAGCCUCCGGUGCUUUAUCUGGCCUCACGCGUGUUCGCAAGUUCCAGCAAGAUGACACACAUAUCUUCUGCACACCCGAUCAAGUCGAGAACGAGAUCAAAGAGCUCUUUGACUUCAUGACCUACGUAUACGGCCUAUUUGGCUUUCCCUUCAAGUUCAUGCUCUCCACUCGACCGGAGGGCUACAUGGGCAAGCUAGAAGAGUGGGAUGCGGCGGAAGCACAACUCAAGAAAGCUCUGCAGGACUUCCGAGGUGAUGAUUGGGAGCUGAACGAGGGUGACGGUGCGUUUUAUGGUCCCAAGAUUGACAUCACCAUCUCCGACGCGCUGCAGCGCGAGUUCCAGUGCGCCACCAUCCAGCUGGACUUCCAAGGACCACAAAACUUCAAGCUCGAAUACCGUACCUCUCAAGACACUGCUGCUGAAGGUGCCGAGGGCAAGGCCAGUGAAGACCCCAACGCUCCAGCUGUAGGCAUGGCUCGACCGGUCAUGAUCCACCGUGCCAUCGUUGGUUCAUUCGAACGCUUCAUUGCUGUGCUGUGCGAGCACUUCGCCGGCAAGUGGCCUUUCUGGCUGUCGCCUCGCCAGGUUCUGGUCAUUCCGGUCAUGAAGGGCGCCGAGGAUUACGUGUUCGAGAUUCAGAAGAGAUUUAAGGACGCUCGGAUGUACUGCGAUGUCGAUGUCAGUGGCAACACUCUGCAAAAGAAGAUCCGCACUGGUCAGCUGGCACAGUACAAUUUCAUUUUCGUGGUCGGUGCCAAAGAGCAAGAAACCAAGACGGUGAACAUCCGCAAUCGAGACGACCCGGCGACACAGAAGCAGGGCGAGCUGAUCCCCUUGGAGAAGGCGCUCGACCGUCUCCGUGACCUGCGCGACUCCCGACGACUCGAGAGCAAGAUUGAUAUGUCUAACUAG